CUUGUCGUUUGUGGCGGUUGUUAGCCUUUAAUACUGUUCCAGGAUCAGCCGUUCGGGUACCGAGUCCACCUUUGUAAAGCAUGAGACAAGACAAUAAGCUGACCUGAAGCCUACUAUAGUGUUGAUACGGGUCAUAAACCGAAACUGUCAGGAGUCCAUUCCAUGUUUAUUGAUCUCACUCAGCCCAGUGACAAAGUGUCGCUCGAUGAUUCAGUGUUUGAUCUCUGUUGCUGUUUUACGUUUUCCAGCGACGCAAAAUUACAAGCGUUGUAGACAGCUGUUGACAUUGAAUCUGUGCCUUUGGUGACACCACGGUAGCUAACAGUUUGAGCUUUCCCUCGCUGAAUGCAAAACUCUAGGUCCUUUUAUGUGCGGUAAUAACAUGUCAGCGCCGCUGCCAGCGAUAGUGCCCGCCGCGCGUAAAGCAACGGCUGCGGUGAUCUUUCUCCAUGGCCUGGGAGACACAGGGCAUGGAUGGGCCGAAGCUAUGGCGGGGAUCAGGACCCCUCAUGUCAAGUACAUUUGCCCUCAUGCACCAGUCAUGCCCGUCACCCUCAACAUGAACAUGGCAAUGCCAUCCUGGUUUGACAUAAUUGGACUCCGUCCAGACGCAGAGGAGGAUGAAUCAGGAAUUAAAAAAGCUGCUGAAAGCAUCAAAGCACUGAUUGAUCAAGAGGUUAAGAACGGCAUUCCGUCUCAUAGGAUUGUUCUGGGAGGAUUCUCUCAGGGUGGUGCGCUCUCUCUCUACACCGCUUUAACUACUCAUCAGAAGUUGGCAGGUGUGGUCGCGCUCAGCUGUUGGUUACCACUCAGGAAUACCCUCUCACAGUCAGUGAUAAGCAAUAAUAAGGACAUACCGGUGCUACAGUGUCAUGGUGAAGCAGAUCCGCUGGUUCCUCUUGUCUUUGGCUGUCUCACUGUAGAGAAACUCAAAACUAUGCUUAACCCUGCCCAUAUCACCUUCAAAACAUAUCCCAGGAUGCCUCACAGCUCAUGUCCUGAGGAAAUGAUGGACAUCAAACAGUUUAUUGAGAAGCACCUCCCCCCAAUUAAUUAAUCGAUAACUUAUAAUUGGCCAUGUGACUCAAUCAUGGACUGUUUCAAGCUGCUACGUCUUCAUCUGACUGAAUUCAGCCCAACACUUCCAAACCCAGCUUAAACUAAGCUCAAGAGUAUUAAAACCUCAGAGUUUAGGACUGUACUGAGAUAAACUAGUAUCACUGAGUCUUUAGAAGACUCUGAAUUGCACGAUCUUGCAAUAGUAACCGAUUUAACAUUGUAAUAUCCUACUCAGGCUAUUGAUUGGUUGAUAUGUAUUUUAAAAAGGUUUCCACGGCUACUGCAAGUCUCAUUUUCUCAUUGGUUAACACUCUAUGGCAUUAAGUGAUGUAAAAACCCAUGUGAUCAUGUGGGUUAAAGGGCUCCACGUAUUGAGUUGGAAUAAAAAAAAAAAAUUGUGAAUACCAGCAUCGAUUAGUUGUGAUCUAGCAGUUUGUUAUAAGCAGGUUAUAAGGACUAUAGGUAUGGAAAAAGAAUGUUCCGGGUUGAAUACAGUAGUUGGUAUUAAGCCUGGGACAUUCCUUCAACUUUGGUGCAGUUUUGGGCUGCUGCCUGCAAUUUUUCACACUCAAAUUUAAAAGCUCACCAUUAACACUGUAGACUAAUUGCAAAUAAAUGGUCUCAUUUUUCAGACACCCCCCCCCCCAAAUAAUAAAAGAAUCAUAUUUAUCAUUAUUCAUAAAUAAUAUUAUGUAUGUUUACAAUCUUAUGAUGAAUAGAAAGGUUAAAAAAAACAAAACACAUUUUUGUUUUGUUGUCCUAAAUAUGCAAGCAUGUAAUUCCGGUUAUCUUUGCUCCAGCUCCCUGCAAAAUGGCUUAUUUAAUUCCACCAGAUGGCAGCAAGUACUAAGAAAAAGAAUAUGUCCUCUAUCGCCUUCUAUCACAAUAUGCAAAUAUGAAAAGUAGGUGGCGCUCUUACGCAAGUCUGCCCUUACAAAUGUGCUUGGCCAUAGACAUUCAGUCUAAUUUUCAGUUUAUGCACCAUCCCCAUUGUUUCAUCGAAUAUCCCGGCCUCUGAGUGGACUAGAAGGUCAAUUUAGAUGUAAUUAGAAAGCUGAUAUGGUGUAUAACAUUUUGUCAUCCAUAGUCAAUAAUAUAUUUUUCCUAUGAUUUGUUUAGCAUGCUUUCCCUGCUGGACUGAAUUUUUUGUUCUGGUCAUCUAAGAUGGUUCUGGUCAUCUCACAGACAUGUAAACAAUGGUUCAUUGUACAGAAAACUGCCAAAGAUAAGAGCAGAUAUCAAAGCAGUGAUCGGUGCAUAAGAGACAUUUGUAUUUGAUGUCUUACAGAAAUCAUAUUUCAACUUUUGAAACUAUAGAAAUGUGGGAUUAGGGCAACAAUAUAAACUUUAUAGUCGCAUUCCCUUUCAUUUGAUAUAUGACUUGCUAUGAUAUAAGUGCUAUGCGAAAGACUUAUAUUCAUAUUAACAUUACUACCACAUUACCUCUAGGUGGCGCUUAUUUGCGACCCAGAUGUUUUCAGCGCUUAUUUUGCUAUUUUAUGUAACAAAAAUGUGAAGUGAUGGUGUCCUAUGAAAAGUUCAGAUUCUACGUUUUCAAAUAAUACCCACAUAUGCCUGACUUGUGUAUCCGGGGACUUUGACGUUUUAAGCGUAAACUUAUUUCCCGACAUAUCGCGCCCCCCCCCCGCCCUCCACCACCGGUGGAGUUAAGAGGUUAAACUUUUCUAAAACUGUCCUUUUGUAUUAAUUUCUCAGUUUAGAAGAAGAAAAGGAACAUUAAAAACAAACCAUUUUCAA